AUGGAGGAAGCCGCUGACUACGACGCAGUGGAAAAGGAGUCCUUGACCUCGGGAGAUGAGGCUAAGGUGACUCAGCAACCACCACCAGUGGCGGCUGAAAUCACCGCCGUAAUUGGUUCAACUAUGGUCGAGGAAGAAGACUCGGACGCCGGAGACAAGGAAGAGCAGCAUCAGUUCUUGGCUACACCAGCAACUUGCACCCCCAUUGAAACAAGCACACAAGCUGUUGGUGCCAAAUUCACCGCUAGCCUCGGCGAACAGCUGUUCUCGGCCGAGACAGAGAAGAUGAUGACAUCGGCGAGACCAGAGCAGGAGGGACUCCGGGAUGGCGGGGAAGCAGCUCGUCUCCACGGGGAAGGAAGGCCGACGAUGUCGGCAGGACCCUCUACUCGCCUAGGAGGAAGAAGAAGAAGAAGCAGCAGAAGUGGAACCCAAAGAUCGGAGACAGAUUCAACCGCCAACGUGAAGCUGAGCGUCGGCGGCUAUUUGCAAUGA